GCUGCCUUUCUCUUCCUAAUAGGGAUACGGCGUCUUCAUCCUAACAUGCUGCUGUUCCUCACUGUGAUCAGCCAUGUUUCCAUGGCAACCUCAUCUUCUUUCCUGCUGCCCUUCCGGACCGUAUGGAACGCCCCCUCUGCUGACUGCCUUUCCAAGUACAACGUGGAUCUUGACCUGGGAACGUUCAGCAUCGGCCAGAACCAGAACCUAACCUUCAUGGGUGAAAACAUAACCAUCUUUUAUUCAGAGAAACUGGGUCUGUAUCCCAGGUACAGCCAAGGGAAGGCGGUUUACGGAGGGGUGCCUCAGAACGCCAGUCUGGAUGAUCACCUGAGUGUUGCCAGAGAGAAUAUCAGUGCAUGUAUCCCUGACAAGGAUUUCCAAGGCUUGGCUGUUGUGGACUGGGAGAGCUGGAGGCCUGUGUGGGAGAGAAACUGGGACACAAAGCAGGUGUACUGGGAAGGAUCAAAAACCCUUGUCAGAUCUAGGUAUCCAAACUUGAAACCUGCACAGGUGGACGCUUUAGCCCAGGCAGACUUUGAGGCGGCGGCUAGAAAGUUCAUGGAGGAGACGCUGAAACUGGGCCAGAAGGAGAGGCCGGGCGGAUUGUGGGGUUUUUAUGGCUUCCCCGACUGCUAUAACUCUUACAAAAACACCAACUACUCAGGCAAGUGUUCGGCCGUGGAGUCUGGGAGGAACGACCAGCUGGCGUGGCUAUGGAACGUCUCCUCCGCUCUCUAUCCCGACAUCUACCUAAGCUUGGCGCUGCGAGGCCUCGGCAAGGAGGUGUCGCUCUACGCUCAUCACCGCGUCCUGGAGGCCAUGAGGGUCGGCGCUCAGGCGUCUCGGUACGCCCGGCCCGUCAUCCCCUACGCUUGCAUCGUCUACACUUACUCGCUGGAGUUUCUCUCACAGGAGCAUCUUAUCUACACCAUUGGAGAGAGUGCCGCCUUGGGAUCUGCAGGGGUGGUGCUGUGGGGGAACAACAAUUUAUCCAGGUCUAAGGCAACUUGUGAUGCCGUCAAGUGGUACGUCGAUAACACUCUAGGUCCGUAUCUGGUCAACGUCACCUCGGCCGCCAUCCUCUGCAGCCAAGCCGUAUGCUCCUCAAGGGGGAGGUGCGCCAGGAAGGACCCCAAGUCGCGGGUCUACCUCCAUCUGGACCCCGCAUGGUGGAAGGUGGUGGCCGCGAGGAAAGCAGAAGGCGGGCGGGGCUACGCCGUGAUGGGACGUGUCAGCACACAGGAGGUAACGCGCAUGAAGGCCCAGUUUGAGUGCAGGUGUUACCCAGGCUGGGCUGGGGAGCGCUGCUCCACACCCAACAACAGAUACUUUUAGAUUAGACUUUUAUUUUAUACUUUGACACAAGUCUUUUAGAAUGUAUGCAUGCUUGCAUGGGUUGCCAUUGUAACAUCGCCACAUAAGCCAAGUGUGUAAUCAAAAUGCCUUUGAAGCAAGAAUAAAACCAAAUCCAACCUUUUUGAAAGGGAAAUGAAAAGCUUUUAUUGUGUAGUAUUGUUGUCUAUCAGCAGGGGGGGCAGUUAUAC